AUGCCUCAAGUUUCAUAUAUUAACAGACAAAAUACUAUUAGUAUAGCUCUUGAUAAGUUAAAUAAUUAUCCUGUUGGUUCGAAACAACCAAGCCUAAAUAGUGUAGCAAACGAAUUUGGGCUUGCUGAAGCUAUGCUUCGACGAGUCGCAAAAAAUGAUGGCCCUCUUGGUUGUCCCAGACCAUCAACUAUUUUUACAAAACAAGAAGAGGAUCAGCUUGCCGGCUACUGCAUUAAUAUACAAAAACUUGGAUUUGACCAUACUGAACUAUCAAUUUGUACUCCCCAAGAAUUAACAGAGGCACAUGCCCAACAGGCAAAUGCAACAAUAAUUAAUGAUCACUUUGAAAAACUUCAAAAAAUUGUUCAUGAGAAUUCCCUUACUGCUGUGCAGAUUUGGAACAUGGAUGAAACUGGUUUCAUCCUUGUUCCCAAAUCCAGGAAAGUCAUAGCUCGUAAAGAUGCAUGCCAAGUUCACAAGGUUUUGCAUAGGAAUUCUCAUGAACAUAUUUUCCUAGUACUAACGAUAUCAGCAGUGAGAGCAUACAUUCCACCUUUGAUCAUUUAUAAAGGUGUUCACGCAAUUCUUGGCCUUUUAGAAGGUGCACCUUCUGGAACAGUAAUAGGUUUUACCAAAACCGAAUAUAUGCAUGAAGACCUUUUUCAAAUGUAUCUUGAACAUUUCAUUAGUUUAAUUUCACCAAUUCGUCUAGUUUUAUUAAUGUUAGAUGGUCACAAAAGUCAUAUUAAUUACACAAGUACUGACUUUUGUCAUCGAAAUAGAAUUAUGCUUUAUGCGCUUCCACCUUAUACAACCUAUGUUUUGCAACCAUCAGAACUUCUCUUUGUGAAGUUAAAAGAAAAAUAUAGCAAAAUGUCUAAUAAGUAUACUAAAAACAAUGAUGGCAUGAUAGUAAUGAAACAUAUCUUUGUGAAAGUCCUUGGCCCUGUCUUUUUUGAAACUUAUACACCACUAGCUAUUUGUAAUGCUUAUAGAAAGACAGGAAUAUGGCCACUUAAUUCAAAUGCUAAUGACCCUAACCUUUUAGCCCCUUCAUUAUCAACUGAAUGUUUUAUUAACCCAAAUCCAAGUUUAGCGUCUCAGCCAAUUUGUUCUCAUCUGUCAAUUCAUUUUCAUCCUACAUGGUUAAACGUAACUAAAUUAGUAGAAAAAAAUGCAUUGCUUAAGGAUGAAAAUGAAUCACUUAAGACCCAAAUAGCAUUAAUAAGCGAAGAACUAGAUACUUAUAAGAAUCCAGGAAUUUGUUUUUUAUGUUCAAUCUUUAAAUACUCUACUUUUCAUAAUUCGCAAGCUAGUAGUUUCCAAGUUACUUCUGAAAAUCAAUCUGAUUUAUCCUCCUACAAGAAAAAAAGAAAGACACUCCCAUUUGCCCAGCUUCUUACAAACGAAAAAAGUUUGCAAGAACUAAAAGAAGUGAAUAAAGAAGCCGAGCAAAAGAGUGCAAAAUCUAAAUGA